GAGUAAGAUGGCUUUCACCGUCGGCGCCCCCGUCCGCCUCGUUGUCCGUGCCGCCAAGCACGUCAACCCCAAGGCCACCAAGCACCACACCAAGACCCGCCCCAAGAAGCACACCCCGUCGGACCGCAACCGCAAGAAGGUGGAGUACCCCGCGCUCAAGCCCGAGGAGAUCCCGCCGCUCAUGACCGUCAUCUCCAAGUAAACGCCCGGUGUCGUGACGGCGGGUGUUUUCCGGGGUUAUUAGUCUGUGAGCGGAAGGAGGGGCGGAGCCUCGAGAAUGGUAAUCUCCCCCCGGUGGCCGGCGCGACGGCGAGCGCCGCGGUGUUUGGAGGGAGCGGGUCGCCGGCACAUUACAGCCGGCGACGCGGAGAGGUUUCCGCGCGUCUUCUCCGCGUGGGUUUGUCGAUAGAUCCGUAGAUGCGCCACCUUGCUCGUGUAAUUGCAACGCGAUAGGUUCAUACC